GUUCCUUUUUCUUCGUCGUCAAAAAAAUUCUUUUUUUUUCUCUAUAAAGAAUUGAAAAGCGUUCCCGAUUCGAAGAUCUCUACGUUCGUUUGAUCUCUCAGGUUUGCUUCUACUUUGACUACGGAUCUCCGCGAUUAUGAUGAUUUCUUCGUGCUUUCAAUUUGGGUUUCUGCGUCUUCUGGAUCUUCGUCCUCCUAUUCGCAUCGAUUACCCAGGAAGCUAGGGUUUCACCGAUAAGGAUGAUGGAAUAUGAUCUGAUUUAUACCUCUCUUCUUGGGUUUAGUUGUUGUUAUAGUUAGGGUUUUUAUUUCGGUUGAAAUCGUCGAACCAUGUGGUUUCUUGUGAGUCGAUACUACAUCGAUCAUGUAUGGCCUCUCUGGAAUUGAAGGAAUGUUUCGGUUCUUAGUCUCGUUAGAUUAGGGUUCUGAAUAUGGAGAUAAAAUUUAAGUGGUUACUUUUUUUCUUCUGUGGACGUGAUGCUCUACGAUACUUGGAGUUUUGUUAACAUGAACUUGGGGUAUCAGAGGAUUGGAGCUUUUGAUCUUCUUCUUACUCCUUCGAAACGUGUUACCCUUCUGAGAGUUUCUGUGGAUCAUCAUGGAUGAAGCAACAAAGCUCGAAUCUGUGGUUCAGUCUGCUAAAGUUAGUUGUUUUCUCAAUGUCUAUAGUAUGAAUCAUAAGGCGCUAAGGAGAUACUCAAACGGAAGGACUUUUGGAGUGGAAAGGCAACAAGAUUUCGCAGCAGAUAUAGCUCCGAGAAGACCAUAUGUUCCUUAUGAAAACAGAGUGAACAAAGGUCCGAAUAAGAGGUCAAGGAAUCUGGUUUGGACGGCAUCAGAAGGCAACAGGCCAAGGAAGAAUGAUAACACCAAUGAGUCAGUGAAAUCACCAGUUUCAGGCACAGGACAUUGUGUGUCGAAUCAGCCAAGGAAGAAUGGUGCUAAUGGGCCAAGAAGCUCAUCUGUUUCAGGCACCAGAGGCUUGGGGUCGAGAGAUAACGGCAGUCCCAAGUCUAGAGAUUGUGUAUGUAAGUAUUGGAAAGCUGGAAACUGCAAGAAUGGCGAGCUAUGCCAGUUCUUACACUCUUGGUCUAGCUUACCUGGAUUGGUUAUGGUAGCUACUCUUGAAGGACACAAGAAGGAUCUGAAGGGGAUUGCACUUCCUGUGGGUUCAGAUAAACUCUUUUCAGCCAGUAGCGAUGGUACAUUGCGAAUAUGGGACUGUCAUACUGGUCAGUGUGUUCAUACAAUCAACCUCCAGGCAGAAGCAGGGUCUUUAAUCAGUGAAGGCCGUUGGGUUUUCCUUGGCUUGCCAAAUGCUGUAAAGGCUUUUAACGUCCAAACCAGUAAAGAUUUGCAUCUUAACGGAGUGGUUGGUCAGGUCCAUGCUAUGACUGUUGGAAAUGGAAUGCUUUUUGCUGGGACAAGUUCUGGUAGCAUAUCUGUCUGGAAAGCUACUGAAACCGAAUCUGAUCCUUUCACGUACCUCACAUCUCUCGAGGGACACCAUAGUGGUCAAGUCACAUGUUUUAUUGUUGGAGGUCAGCGACUAUACUCUGGUUCCGUGGAUAAAACGAUAAAGGUGUGGGAUCUCAACACGCUGCAAUGUACAAUGACCCUAAGGCAACAUAGCGACACGAUCACAUCGCUCUUAUGUUGGGAUCAGUACCUGUUCUCGUCCUCCUUGGAUGGAACCAUAAAAAUUUGGGCUUGUUCUGACAAUGGCAUCUUGAAAGUUACUAAUACGCGCAGACAAGAACAGAGUGUGCAUGCUCUUUGUGGGAUUAACGACGGAGAUGGCAAACCGAUCAUGUUCUCCUCUUACCAAAACGGAACAGUCAGCAUCGUCGAUCUACCAUCUUUUGAAGAAAGAGGAAAGAUGUUUUCGACGCACACGAUCGGCACAAUCACAAUUGGUCCUGAAGGAUUGUUAUUCAGUGGAGACAAGAGUGGGAAGCUGCGUGUUUGGAACUUAGCUGGCACCAAAGCUUAGCCGUUUAACAUUUUUGAGAAAAAGAAAUUUGAUUUAAUAUGUACAUACAUAACAUUUGUGGUCGAAAUCAAUGAAAUGAGUUAUAUGAAAGUGUUCUUUUGUAAUGUAAUG